AUGACGUUCACUGAGCCUGUAGAAGAGGAGACCCUUCCAAGAUACCAUCCAGAAAACUACUAUCCUGUGUCAAUCGGCCAGGUUUUCCACGAAAGAUACAAAGUAUUGGCGAAAUUGGGAUUCGGAGGGUCAUCCACUACUUGGCUUGCUCAGGAUGUCACAAGGUGGAGGUUCCAGAAGAAUCGGUUCGUCACUCUGAAAAUUCUCACGAGGGAUGUAACAGAUAAUCACUCCACAUCCUCUGAACUGGCACUGUCUACACAGAUUGCAAAGGCCAAUCCGACGCACGAAGGUUUACGUUAUAUAAGGACCGUUCUGGAUUCGUUCGAGGCCCAAAGUCAGUUUGGAGUACACUUAUGUCUUGUGUACGUGCCGAUGAGGGAGACCCUGUCUACGUUCGCACGCCGUCUUCAAAACGGAUGCCUCCCUGGCAAUCUCCUCAAGCCCUUACUCAAGUUUCUAUUGACUGCCCUUGAUUACCUACACACUCAGUGUCAUAUCAUCCAUACAGAUUUGAAGCCCGACAACAUUUUACUUGGGAUUGAAGAUGAAGAGAUAAUAAACGAGCUCAUUAAAGAGGAGCAAAGGCAUCCUUCUCCAGCGAAAGUUUACGACGACCGACGUAUAUAUGCUCAUCGGAACUUUGGAGAUCUAAGGGGUCCUCCUGGCCGUCCUAAAAUCGCAGAUUUUGGACUUGCCGUUCGGUCGUCGUUCGAUGGCACAUUCAACCACCCGAUCCAGCCUGACCUCUUACAGGCGCCUGAAGUAAUCCUACGUGCUGGCUGGUCGUACAGCGCUGAUAUAUGGAAUCUUGGUGUAAUGAUCUGGGAUUUAUUGGAAGGUCGAUCGCUCUUUCAAGCUUUCGACCCAGAUACUGAUAGCUACGCACCCGAUAUACAUCUCAAUGAGAUGAUAUCGUUCCUUGGUCCACCACCUAAGCAGCUCCUCGUCCGGGGAGAGUCAACCGCUCAGUUUUUCACACCAGAAGAGACUGUGACCAGCUCGACUUGUUUCUUUAUUGCCUUUCUCAUGCGACCUAGGAAUGGCUACACGGAGAUUGUACGCUUUUUAAUUGGCGGCGGCAAGGGCAACGACGACUACAGUGCAGAGUAUUACUGGGAGCGAAUAAUCUUGCUCUAA